AUGGGUAAAAAGCGAACAAGAGAGGCCGAAGCCCCCCAGCAGGACCCCACAGUCGACAAGAUGGACGAGGAUGGCAGCUCAGACAGCAGCGACGAUGACAUGGAUAUUGUCAACGUGGACUUUGAACUGUUCAACUACGACUCGCAGAUCGACUUCCACGGCGUCAAGACGCUGCUGCGGCAGCUCUUCGACGCCGACGCGCAGCUGCUCGACCUGUCGGGCCUGAGCGACCUCAUCGUCGAGCAGAACACCAUCGGCUCCACCUGCAAGGUCGACGACAAGGCCAACGACGCCUACGCCUUCCUAACCGUGCUCAACCUAACCGAGCACCGGGCCAAGAAGCCCGUCGCGCAGCUAAUCGACUAUCUUAGCGGCAAGGCGCGGGUAGCGAGCGCCGUCGACGGCAGCAGCAGCAGCCUGGCGGCGACGGUCCCGGAGCUCCUGGCGGCGGCAUCCUCGGGCAGCAAGCAGGUGCAGGUGGGGCUCGUGCUCGCGGAGCGGCUGCUCAACAUGCCGGCCGAGGUGAUCCCACCCAUGUGGGGCAUGCUGGUGGACGAGAUCGAGGCGGCGGUCGAGGACAAGGAGCCGUACGAGUUCACGCACUACGUGGUGGUGUCGCGGGCGUACCGCGAGGUGGCGUCGAGCCUCGACCAGAGCGAGCGCAAGCAGAAGAAGGCGCGCGAGGAGUCCAAGAUGCUGUACUUCCACCCCGAGGACGACGAGAUGCGGAAGCACGCCGCGGCCGCCGGCGCUUACGCCUUCACUAGCGAGGAGUCGGUCGCCGAUAGUAAGAGGGCUUUCCAGGACAUGGGCGUCCAGCCGCAGGGCUUCAUGAUGUUGAUCGAGGCGAGCAAGUUCGAGGGCGCCGUCAAGGCGAUCCGUGACUACGUGGGCGAAUACGCAUAA